AUGACUUCAACAUCUCUACUCGGAAAUCUCGAAUCGAUCAUCUUCGUUUUGGAGCGCCUUUUACUGGACCAGCGCCUGGCUGUCGUAUCGAGGAAGCGCAGUGGGACUUUGCUGACCACCGUUUUGGAAAGCAUCAGAGCGAUGCUCUACCCCUUUGACUGGAACGACGUGUCCUCAAACGGCAACUACCACCGCUGUGUUCUGAUGCUUCUCGCGUGUUGGGACUGGACGCCCUUCGAGAACAUGGCCAACACUCUAGAAGCAGCUCUGGACGACUUCUGGUCCUCCUACUUCAGCCCGUACGAUACGCAGGCCAAUCCUGUCCCUGCUGGUCGGUGGUCUCAUGGGACUAUGUCUAGUACCAACAGCUCUGACUACCGGCCGAUUCGUAGUAGGACGAGGACGCCCCGUCAUCACAGCAAAUUCCAGUUUAAAUUGAGAGUACAAGCGGCGUGCCUCGAGGCGAUGACCAGGCAGUUUGCCAACUAUAAACAGUACGUCACUAAGAGAGAUGGGGAAGACCGAACUUUCGAUGUACAGGGCUUCCUCGGGCACAGUCCGGAGAUUCCAGGCGACAUGGACGAACAGUCUCACGGGAAGCUCUUCGUGGAGCCAUUUUUGGACCUCUUCUUAGAUCAACAUCGUACGCAUACGUUCGACUUGUUCCUGCUCAACGUUGUGGAUACUCCCAAGGCAUGGGUGUUCGAUAAGGGCUGCCAGGUCUGGGCGACUACUGAUGGGGAUAUCGCCGCAGGAUCGUCCGAGUAG